GAAUCAUCCUUUUCACUCGGAUUGUAGAGUCCGUCAUUCGUAUACCAACAUUUCCUCUAUUUUUCCCUAACCCUAAUUUUCCCAAAAUUGUUUUCACUCCCAUCAUUUUCUCAAAAACCUACCGUCACCACCAAGACAGUUCUUUACCACAACCACUACUUACCUCGCCCUCCCUAACAGCCGCUGCUGCGUCCCUCCGGUCUACACAGACACACACACACCUUGAAACCUCUCCGACCUAUGCACUCUCCAGUAACCUGCUUUCUUACCUUUAAAUUCCAUGUUCACCACUUGAUGCCGCCUUCACCACUCAAUACUACCUUCAACAUAUCUGAACAUCCACCACUGUUUUCUAUCUAUAUAUGCACGGAUCCGUAAAUUACCACAAGCGUACAACUUGACCAUGACACUACACCAUUCAAUGCCACUUUACCAAAUCUGAACAGCCACCACCGAGAGGAAGUAACGAUUGUGUUGGUUGUGGUUUAUGGAAGGUGCAUCUGGUCUACAAGACAUCCAAGGAUAUAACUGGUUGCUGUGUCUGAUAUCAGGGGCAGAUGUAUUCAAGUAUCCAUGGCUAAGGGAAGAUUGUAAUCCACAACCUACUAUCUCAUUAGCUUUGUAUGAUUCCAGAUUUUGCAGAUCUCAUCCACUAGAGGUACAUAACAGAUUUCCACUAGAGGAAUUUAUGGUGAAUUUGCAAAUAUUGGAUGAUCAAGGAGCUCUAUGCUUGAAAGCAACAGCGCUAAGAUGGAAAUGAACAGUUCAAAUUGUAUUUAUCAUUUAUUACAAUUUUUAAUGACCAAUUUAUUUACGAACUUGGGUAGACUAAUCAAUUUGCUUGACACAUAUCA